AUGGUGACUGGCUCAUUUACAUACGGAGGACCCGGGCUCAUUUGCAUGCCGGAGACCAUAUGUUCCCCAGGGAGGAGGGAAAGUCUCUUAGACAGGGUCAGCAGCAGACACCAGGCAGAGCUAUUCAGCGUCGGUGGAGAAAAAAAGGAGGAGGAGAAUUCCAACAUCUUGAAAGGAGCCAUGGCCACCCUCCUGAUCCUGCCCAUCGCCUUGCUCCAGGCUUCCUUUCUACCCGGGUCGCAGACCCGGAGCGUUCGAUUCAGCGUCGACGAGGAGGCCCUUCCGGGCACAGUCCUCGGCGUCUUGGCCGAGGAACUGCGACGGCCUGCUUCUGCCGUCGAGGACGCUCCCGGCAGCUUCCGGCUGGUGAAGGCGCCGGGCAACGGCUCGCUGGUGCGGGUGCGCGAGCGGGACGGGCAGCUGAGCCUGGGCGCCGAGCGGCUGGACCGCGAGCAGCUGUGCGGCCAGGCGGAGGCGCCCUGCCUGCUGGCCUUCGACGUGCUCAGCCUGGGCGGCCCGGCCGCGUCGCCCUUCCGCCUGGUGCACGUGGAGCUGGAGGUGCGGGACAUCAACGACCACGCGCCGCGCUUCCCGCAGCCCGUCCUGGCCCUGGAGGUCUCGGAGAGCGCGGCGCCCGGCACCCGCCUGCCGCUGGCCCUGGCGCACGACCCGGACGUGGGCUCCAACGGCCUGCAGAGCUUCGCCCUCUCGCCCGGCGGCCCCUUCGGCCUGGAGGCGCAGAGCCGCGCCGACGGACUCAAGUGCGCCGAGCUGGUGCUGCUCCGCGAGCUGGACCGCGAAGCGCACGCCGCCUACCGCCUGGAGCUGGUGGCCAAGGACGGCGGGAGCCCGGCGCGCUCGGGCACGGCCACGCUCAGCGUGCGCGUGCUGGACGCCAACGACAACGCGCCCGCCUUCCCGCGGGGCGCGCUCCUGAUCCUCGAGCUGUCCGAAGACGCGCCGCCGGGCGCGCUGCUGCUCGACCUGGACGCCUCCGACGCGGACGAGGGCGCCAACGGGCAGCUGCUCUACGCCUGGGGCAGCCAGGUGCCCCCCGAGGCGCGCCAGCUCUUCAGCCUCGACCCGCUCUCGGGCCGCCUCGGCCUGCGGGCCGCCGUCGACUACGAGCGCCAGCGCACCUACGAGCUGGACGUGCAGGUCAGCGACCGGGGCACCAGCCCACUGGCGGCCAGCUGCAAGGUGGUGGUGCGCCUGCUGGACGUCAACGACAACGCGCCCUCGGUGGCCAUCAGUGCCCUCAGCCCCGGGGGCGCGGACGCCCAGGGCGGCCCGGGCCCCGACGACGCCGAGGCCGAGGCCGCGGCAGUGGCCUACGUGAGCGAGGCGGCGCCGGCCCAGAGCCUGGUGGCGCUGGUCAGCACCUCGGACAGCGACGCGGGCGCCAACGGGCAGGUCCGCUGCGCCCUCCUGGCCGCGCCCCACCAGCCCUUCGCCCUGCAGCGCGCCUACGACGCCGCCAGCUACCUGGUCCUCACCACCGGCGCGCUGGACCGGGAGCGCGUGGCCGAGUACAACCUCACGCUGGUGGCCGAGGACCUGGGCUCUCCCCCGGCCAAGACCGUGCGCUCCCUUACGGUGCGCGUGGCCGACGAGAACGACAACGCCCCGCGGUUUGCCAAGGCGCGCUACGAGGUGGCCCUGCUGGAGAACAACCCCUCGGGCGCCUACUUGACCACUGUCCUUGCUUCUGAUCCCGACCUGGGCCCCAAUGGCAAGGUCACCUACCGCCUGCUGGGAGCGCCCGCCUCGCGCAGCCUGGUCACGGUGGAUCCCCGCCUCGGCGUCCUGCGAGCGCAGCGCUCCCUGGACCACGAGGAGGAGAUGCCGUGGCCCGAAGUGGCGGUGGAGGCCUGCGACGGCGGCAGUCCGCCGCUCUGCGGACGCACCCUGGUGGUCGUCACGGUGGAGGAUCAGAACGACAACCCGCCCGAAAUGGUUUCCCCGCCCUUGGUGAACGGCUCGGCGGACCUCCCGCUGCCCCUCGGCGCCCCGCCCGGCUUCCUGAUUGCUCGACUGGCAGCCCGCGAUGCCGACGACGGACCCAACGCUGAAUUGACUUUCUCCCUCCGGGAGGGGAAGCCCAAGCUCUUCGCGGUCCACCCGCUGACCGGAGAGCUCUUUCUGCGGGAUAGGCUUCCGCGGGAGGCCGCGCCGGACUCCGCUUUCCGCUUGGUCGUUACUGUCGAGGACGGCGGCCGGCCUUCCCUGACUUCUUCAGCGACGCUGCGGCUGAUUUGCACGGAGACGCUGCCCUCUAGCGUUCCGAUUGUGGCACUGCCGCUUGGCGUUGCCGGGGGACAGCCGUGGGACGCGUCCUUCCUGCUGAUCGCCUUCCUGGGGGGCGGUUGUGGGGUUCUUCUUGUAGCCAUUCUCCUCGUGGGAGCCUCUAUUUGUAUGGGCAGGAAGAGGUUCCGAGUUGGGGAGCCACUUAAGUCCGUGGGACCCAAGCGUGGGAGAAGCAUUCCUGUCCCUCGAUGGGGGAACGCGAUCAGCAAGGAUUCUGCUUGGAGUGGGGCCCUCCCCCGGGCUGAAGAGGGGAGUGGUGACUCCUUGGGCGUGACGAAAACGCCCUGCUGUGAUUCCCAGGUUCAGAUUCUUACUUCUGCUGAGCCCACCCCUGAAUGGGAGGCAAGCCAAUCCACUUCAAACUCUAGCUAUUCGGGUCUGGAUCAAGGGAGCGUGCAAGAUAGUGGGAAAGGAGACAGUGAAUGCAAUGACAGUGACUUCAAUACCAGCAGGGAGGGAGUGAAGGAGGCCUCCACAGAAAAAACUGUGAAACACAGUGCUUCCCCAGAGGAGACAGAGAAAGGGAAGGAAUAA